AUGGAUGAGGAGAUCAAGGAAAUGACCAUGUUUGCCAUUGAGCAACCAUCUGCAGGCACCAGAGAUCUAUACCGUGUGAUCUUUGACACCAUGGAUGCAAUGGAUGAAGCCAUGCAGUCUGCUCAACUCUCAUAUGCACCCGGUCUCUUGGAGGCCAUUCACGCCGAUGAACCACCAGAUAUAUCGUUCUUUGAACGUCUCCAUGAACAUCCAAGUCCUAGAACAAUCUGGGCAAUAUAUGCAAUUGUCCUAGACAAUCGUGAUGACACUCAGUCUCUAUACAUUGGAUCAGCAACAGCUUUCAUUGGUGGGAUGGGAGCACGGUUCAAGACUUAUGAUGAUGUUCUCCGCCUGAGUCAAAAAGCCGAAGCAGAAAACGAUCAACAAUCUGGUGUCCCCAGUCGCAUGAAGGAGGCUGUUUUGGACGGUUCCAUCAUCACUCACAAGGUUCCAUUGGUUUAG